AAAUUCUGCUCCCGACCAUUGUAGAAAAUCGCAUCAAACAUGGCUGACUUCGGUUUUCCGGACGAAAUCAAUGAGCCUGAGACUAGGUUCAAGGAGGAGUUGGUCUCACUCAGCAAGCCUGACCCUCAGUUCGCUGCAGUAGGUCAAGAACACAUUUUCCAAAGAGUAUACUGACGGUCAAGCUGUUUGGUGAUCUGCCUCUUCCCUCCGGGGGCUUCUUCACCAGUGCCCCCCUCGAUGACCUUCGCGCCCAGUACGCUGCUAUCGAGAAGCAAGAGUACGAAGCAACCCCAACGCUUGGAACCGCGGAGUAUGUAGGCAAGAUCCGCAUGCGAGACGGAUACGAAAGCGAGAUCCGUAUAUUUAGACCUAGGGUCCUCUCUGAUGAUGGAAGCCCUGUCAUUGUCCUGAUAUAUGGCGGCGGUUAUCUGGUUGGCACCAACAUGCAGCUCGUUCCGUCCGCACGAGCUCUGUCUGCCAUGUACAAUGCGACGGCAAUCACGGUCUCCUACAGACUUGCUCCCGAACACCCCUUCCCCACUGCCCCUGAAGACAUCUGGGACUCGCUCAAGUGGAUAGCCCAGCACGCAACCCUGCUCGGCGCCGACCCAUCCAAGGGCUUCAUUCUCGGGGGUGUCUCAGCUGGUGGACAAUUGACCGCCCUUACAGCACAACGCGCUGUCAAGGAGAAGCUCUCGCCCCCGUUGACCGGUGUUUGGCUGGCUGUCCCCGUCACAACAUUGACGGAAGCAGGAAUCCCGUCCCAAUACCGCAGCGACUGGGUAUCCCGAACCCAAAACGAAGACGCACCCAUCCUCGACGUCGCUGACAUCAACGUCGCAAAAGAUGCAUACCAGCCUGACGCCACCUCUGACAAUUUCUCACCCUUCAUGUAUGCCGAUCUUGCGCCCCAGCUCCCGCCCGCCUAUAUCCAGGUUGCGGGCUUGGAUCCCCUUCGCGACGACGGAUUGAUCUAUGAGCGUUAUCUCCGGGACAACGGGGUUAAGACUCGUCUAGAUAUAUAUCUUGGCGUUCCGCACUGCCAUCAUGCCUUUUUCCCUGCGCUGGAGUCGUCGAAGAGGUUUCGCCGUGAUAUGCUUGUUGGUGUGGGUUGGCUGUUGGGCAGGGAAGUCAGUGAGCAGGAGGUUACCAACGUUGCUGGCGAGGCGCUAGGCCUGAUCGAGGUCGAUAUCAACGCCCGGGCAGCUUUGUAAUGUACUCGAUACAUCAACUAGUUAUUAAUGAUAAACAUCUGACAUUCUAAACUGCGUAAACUCCAGAAUCCGCGUCGGGGUUAGUCGAAUUCCGCUCUAGUCACGUGACCUACAGGUCCUCGAACACGGCCCGGAGUUCGCCAAUCCCGCCCGGCGUUCUCUCACAUCGACACGGUCAUUCUUUCUCAACCCAACCCCGUUCAUAUCUCCAGGCGUCG